UCCUUCCUUCUUUCCUUCCUUCCCUUUUCUUUCUCCUUUUUUUUCCUUUUUUUGCGCGCGCGCGCGCGCGGUCGGACUUGUGGCAUUAGGAGGUUUGGUUUGCAACAAGCGUGGACUCGAGGCUCGGGCUGUUUUGUGCAGUGAAUUGUCGUCGUCGACUCGCGCGGAGACCUUUUCUGUGCCGUGCUACAUGUACCCAGGACAGGGAUCGCGGCGUGGAACGUAGGAGAGCAACAAACAAAGAAUAUGCUGAUAAGAGAAUUGGCGGCCGUGUGGGUCGCCGUCCUCUUGUGCCAUCUUCAGCUAACGGGGUCCCAGGUUCCUACCACGAACGUCUUCACCUGUCCGAACGGAUGGGAAUUGAGAGGCAUACAUUGUUACAAAUUCUUCAACAUCAGGCACUCUUGGGAAAAGGCGGCGGAGCUAUGCAGGAGGUACGGGAGCGAAUUGAUGGUGGUGGAGUCGUACAGCGAGAACAACAUGUCCGCGAGCAUGAUCGGCCGGCAUUUGGAUCGUUACUGGCUCGGGCUGGCCUCCCUCGACGAUUUACGGACCAACACGCUCGAAUCGGCCGCUGGAAUGCUCGUCUCCCAAUACGCCGGUUUCUGGGCGCCGAGGCAGCCGAAUCCGCAAUCAGGUGAAUGCGUGGACGUCGCGUUGACGGACGACCGACAAACGUGGGAGUUGACCACGUGCGAAUCCCUGCUCCCUUUCAUGUGCCGUGCCAACGCUUGUCCGGCUGGUUCGUUUCACUGUUCGAACGGGAAGUGCGUGAACGCGGCCUUCAAGUGUGACAAACAAGAUGAUUGCGGUGAUUUCUCGGACGAAAUAGACUGCCCGGUUAAUUGCCAGUUUUACAUGGCCAGCAGCGGGGACGUCGUCGAGAGUCCUAAUUAUCCUCACAAAUAUGCACCCCUCAGCAACUGCAAGUGGACCUUGGAGGGACCUCAAGGCCAUAAUAUCCUGUUACAGUUUCAAGAAUUCGAAACGGAGAAGAGCUUCGACAUAGUGCAGAUUCUGGUUGGCGGUAGGACGGAAGAGAAGUCCGUGAAUCUUGCGACGCUCUCGGGCAAGCAAGAGCUGAGCAACAAACUAUUCGUAUCCGCCUCGAACUUCAUGAUCAUCAAAUUCAGCACAGAUUCCUCCGUGGAGAGAAAGGGAUUCCGCGCUUCGUGGAAAACGGAACCACAAACUUGUGGCGGAAUCCUCCGCGCAACACCUCAAGGACAAGUCCUCACUUCCCCAGGAUAUCCUCAGAAUUAUCCUGGAGGAUUGGAGUGCCUGUACAUCCUGCAAGCUCAACCUGGUCGUAUAAUGUCCCUCGAAAUCGAGGAUCUGGAUCUCGAGAUGAAUCGAGAUUACAUCCUAAUUAGAGACGGUGAUUCGCCGAUGAGCAGGCCGAUAGCCAGACUGACUGGCAAAUCGGAGGACAAUCCUACGGUGAUCAUGUCAACCGGAAGCAACUUGUACCUCUACCUCAAGACUAGUCUAGGCGACUCUAGAAGAGGGUUCAGCAUCCGAUACACUCAAGGGUGCAAGGCCACGAUUAUAGCUAGGAAUGGAACUGUCCAAUCGCCAUCAUUCGGCUUGAACGACUAUCCCAAUAACCAGGAGUGCUUGUACAGAGUGAAAAAUCCUCAGGGUGGACCGUUAUCCUUGAAGUUCAUCAGCUUCAAUGUUCACAAGACCGAUUUUGUACAGGUGUACGAUGGUCCGAAUACCAACGGGCUCCGUUUACAUCCUGGAAGCGGCUUCACAUCGAACACGAGGCCAAAGAUCACUCUGACUGCUGAGAGUGGAGAGAUGCUGAUCAGAUUCACCUCUGAUGCGCUUCAUAGCAGCCCUGGCUGGCAAGCAGAGUUCUCAGCAGACUGCCCGCAUCUUCAGUCCGGUGAAGGAGCAUUAGCAUCGAGCAGAGACACGGCGUUCGGUACAACAGUGACGUUCUCAUGUCCCCUUGGCCAAGAAUUCGCCACCGGCAAGGCGAAAAUAACCACAGAGUGUCUUCCUAGUGGAAAUUGGUCCGUCACGUACAUACCCAAUUGUCAGGAGGUGUAUUGCGGGCCAGUGCCACAAAUCGACAAUGGAUUCUCCAUUGGAUCCUCCAACGUCACUUAUCGAGGCUUGGCUACUUAUCAAUGCUACGCUGGAUUCGCCUUCCCUUCUGCUAGGCCCACCGAGAAGAUCUCUUGUAUGGCCGAUGGAAGAUGGGAGAAGAAGCCAUCUUGUUUGGCGUCCCAGUGUUCUCUACUUCCGGAAGCGCCACACUCGAAUAUUACUAUACUGAACGGAGGAGGAAGAUCUUAUGGAACGAUCGUUCGGUUCGAAUGCGAGCCAGGUUACGUCAGAAGCGGACACCCGGUGAUCCUGUGCAUGAGCAAUGGAACCUGGUCGGAUGAAGUGCCGACUUGCUCACGUGCAAAGUGCCCAUUGUUACCCACGAUCAAGAAUGGUUUCGUAGUCGACACGAGCAGAGAAUACUUUUAUGGGGAUGAGGCAAGAGUGCAAUGCAACAGAGGUUAUAAGCUGUCUGGAUCUAAUAUCAUACAGUGUGGACCUAAUCAACGAUUCGAUAAUGUCCCUACUUGCGAAGAUAUCAAUGAGUGUGCGUCAAGUCAAUGCGACCUGGCCUCCACUGAGUGCAUCAACAAUCCCGGUGCAUUCACUUGCAAAUGCAAACCUGGCUUCGCUCCAACCAUGGAAUGUAGGCCUAUAGGUGAUCUUGGGUUAAUCAAUGGCGGUAUACCAGACGAAUCCAUCACCGUUUCGAGCUCUGAGAAUGGUUACACCAGAACUGGUAUUCGAUUGAACAACGGUGACGGAUGGUGCGGCAACAAUAUCGAACCAGGUGCAAACUGGGUGAUGAUCGACAUGAAGGCACCGACGAUCAUCCGUGGUUUUCGUACGCAGGUCGUCUCCAGGGUGGACGGAAACAUAGCUUACACGUCGGCAGUUCGAAUUCAAUACACCGACGACCUGACGGACACCUUUAAGGAUUACACCAAUCCUGAUGGAACACCGGUAGAAUUCAGGAUACUGGAACCCACUUUAUCCGUUCUGAACUUGCCUGUUCCCAUCGAGGCACGCUACGUCAGGUUUAGAAUCCAGGAUUACGUUGGGGCGCCCUGUAUGAAGCUCGAGAUCAUGGGCUGCACUCGUCUCGAGUGCACCGAUAUUAACGAGUGCGCGAUAAAUAAUGGUGGUUGCCAUCAGAAAUGUAUAAAUAAUCCUGGAAGCUAUGCUUGCAUGUGCAACACGGGCUACGAGUUGUACAAGGGCAAUGGAACUGCUGGUUUUUACAUAGAGAAGUACGAGAGUGGCGAAAGGGAUGGAGAUUUAUAUCAGAAGAACAAGACUUGUGUACCCGUCAUGUGUCCACCCAUAUUGGCGCCAGACAAUGGAAAAAUACUGUCGACUAAGCAACAACAUCACUUUGGUGAUCUCGUGAGAUUCCAAUGUAACUUUGGAUACGUGUUGUCUGGAUCCUCGGCUGUCAUCUGCACGUCUAGUGGAGCUUGGAAUGGGACCACUCCAGAGUGUCAAUAUGCCAAGUGUGUCUCGUUGCCAGACGACAAGAACGAGGGAUUGUCAGUGAUCCGUAGUGACGAAGCUAGCGUCUUGGUGCCAUUUAAGCAAAACGUCACGCUGAAAUGUGGCAGCAAUGGUCGAUACCUCCGAAACACAGCUACCUCAAACUUCCGCCAGUGCGUUUACGACCCGAAACCAGGUCUACCGGACUACUGGUUGUCAGGAUCUCAACCAGCUUGUCCAAGAGCCGACUGUGGAAAGCCACUUCCUACUCCUGGAGCCGAAUAUGGCCAAUACUUGGACACGAAAUACCAAUCUUCCUUCUUCUUCGGUUGCCAAGACACGUUCAAACUGGCGGGCCAGACGAAUCGUCAUGACAACGUGGUCAGGUGUCAGGCUAAUGGAAUCUGGGACUUUGGCAACCUUCGAUGCGAAGGCCCAGUUUGCGAGGACCCAGGACGACCCAGCGAUGGCUUCCAAAUGGCCAGGAGCUACGAGCAAGGAUCUGAGGUUCAAUUCGGUUGCAGCAGGCCAGGCUAUAUCCUGAUCAAUCCUCGACCGAUCGUGUGCGUUCGAGAACCAGAGUGUAAAGUGGUGAAGCCUCUUGGACUUGCUUCCGGUCGAAUUCCCGAUUCAGCCAUUAACGCAACCUCCGAAAGACCGAAUUACGAAGCCAAGAACGUUCGUCUGAAUUCGGUGACUGGUUGGUGUGGCAAGCAAGAAGCCUUCACCUAUGUUAGUGUUGACUUGGGCCAGGUUUACAGAGUGAAGGCCAUUUUGGUUAAAGGUGUGGUGACGAACGAUAUCGUUGGCAGGCCAACGGAGAUCAGAUUCUUCUACAAACAAGCUGAGAUCGAAAACUACGUAGUCUAUUUCCCUAAUUUCAACCUGACUAUGAGGGACCCAGGAAAUUAUGGAGAAUUGGCGAUGAUAACUUUGCCUAAAUACGUUCAAGCUCGUUUCGUGAUCCUUGGAAUAGUCAGUUACAUGGACAAUGCCUGCUUGAAGUUCGAACUGAUGGGAUGCGAGGAACCAGUGACUGAACCGUUACUUGGCUACGAUUAUGGCUUCUCUCCUUGCGUGGAUAACGAGCCUCCAGUAUUCCAAAAUUGUCCUCAGCAACCUAUCAUUGUACAAAAGGGAACGGAUGGAGGUCUAUUGCCCGUGAACUUUACUGAACCCACAGCUAUCGACAACAGUGGAAGCAUCGCUCGUUUGGAAGUGAAGCCUCACAGUUUCAGGACACCGUUGAAAGUGUUCCAGGACACGGUGGUGAAAUACGUGGCGUUCGAUUACGAUGGAAAUGUGGCCAUUUGCGAGAUCAAUAUCACCGUACCUGAUGUAACACCGCCAAAACUUAGCUGUCCUCAAAGCUACGUCAUAGAGUUGAUAGACAAACAGGAGAGUUAUUCCGUCAAUUUUAACGAGACUCGUAGAAGAAUCAACGCCACGGAUGUGUCUGGACCAGUGAAGAUCACGUUUGUCCCGGAAAGAGCAGUGAUUCCGAUCGGAGGAUUCGAGAACGUGACCGUUUACGCGACAGACUCCAGCGGAAACAGAGCAUCCUGCCACUUCCAGGUGUCGGUUCAAGCAACGCCUUGCGUCGAUUGGGAACUGAAACCGCCGGCCAAUGGAGGAUUGAAAUGCGUCCCUGGAGACAAGGGAGUCCAAUGUAUAGCCACUUGCAAGAAUGGCUUCCGGUUCACCGAUGGUGCACCGGUGAAGACGUUCAAUUGUGACAUUGCUAAACACUGGACUCCAUCUUCCGUCGUUCCCGAUUGUGUUUCAGAAAACACGCAACAGGCGAACUAUCACGUGGUAGCAGCAGUGACUUAUAGAGCUAAUGGCGCUGUUUCAAGAUCCUGUCUGCCACAGUACCAAGAUCUAAUGUCUCAGUAUUAUACGAAUCUGAACAAUAUCCUGACCCAACGUUGCUCUGCUGUGAACGUGAAUAUGAACGUGUCGUUCGUGAGAUCAGUACCGUAUCUUCUCGAAGAAAACGUUUUGAAGAUGGACUUUAUUCUCGUCAUCGUCCCAGCUAUACGUCAGCCUCAACUAUACGAUCUCUGUGGUUCCACGUUGAAUCUGAUCUUCGAUCUAUCAGUCCCUUCCACCAGCGCGGUAAUAGAGCCUCUGUUAAACGUAUCCGCCAUUGGCAAUCAGUGUCCUCCUCUCAGAGCUCUGAAGUCGUCCAUCACUCGAGGCUUCACUUGCAGUAUUGGCGAAGUUUUGAACAUGGAUACCAACGAUGUUCCACGAUGUCUGCACUGUCCAGCCGGAACAUUCGCGGGAGAAAAGCAAAAGCAGUGCACGUCCUGUCCCAAAGGCUUCUAUCAAAACAGCGAUCGUCAAGGCUCCUGUCUACGGUGUCCAUUUGGCACGUACACUCGAGAAGAAGGUUCCAAGAGCAUCGAUGAUUGUAUACCCGUUUGUGGAUACGGUACAUACUCUCCUACGGGUCUGGUACCCUGUCUGGAGUGUCCUAGAAAUAGCUACACAGGGGAGCCACCAGUGGGUGGUUACAAAGACUGUCAAACAUGUCCAGCUGGAACCUUCACCUAUCAGCCAGCUGCACCUGGUCGAGAUCGAUGCAGAGCCAAAUGUUCUCCUGGCAUGUACUCUGACACAGGAUUAGCUCCUUGUGCCCAGUGUCCCAAGGACUUCUUCCAACCUCAGCACGGAGCUACCACUUGCGUCGAGUGUCCGACCAACAUGUAUACGGAUGGUCCAGGCGCGGUUGGACGAGAAGAGUGCAAACCUGUGCAGUGUACCGACAGUGUAUGCCAACACGGUGGCCUUUGCGUGCCCAUGGGGCAUGGUGUUCAGUGUCUCUGCCCAGCUGGCUUCUCUGGAAGACGGUGUGAAAUCGAUAUCGACGAAUGUGCCUCCCAACCUUGUUACAAUGGAGCUACUUGUAUAGAUUUGCCACAGGGUUACAGGUGUCAGUGUGCUAAUGGAUACUCGGGCAUCAAUUGCCAGGAAGAAAAGUCUGAUUGCACCAAUGACACGUGUCCUGAAAGGGCUAUGUGCAAGGAUGAGCCAGGGUUCAAUAAUUACACGUGUCUUUGUCGGUCUGGGUACACUGGAGUUGAUUGUGAUAUCACUAUAAAUCCUUGCACAGCCAGUGGAAAUCCUUGCAACAACGGCGCCACCUGCGUAGCUCUCCAACAAGGUCGUUAUAAAUGCGAUUGUCUACCAGGCUGGGAGGGUCAGAGUUGUGAGAUCAAUACAGAUGAUUGUGCUGAGAAGCCUUGCUUGCUGGGAGCCAAUUGCACGGAUCUGAUAGGCGACUUCACCUGCGACUGUCCCCCAGGAUUCACCGGCAAACGAUGCCACGAGAAGAUAGACUUGUGCUCGGGAAAUCCUUGUCUCAAUGGAAUAUGCGUGGACAAUUUAUUCAGCCACGAGUGCAUCUGUCAUCCAGGAUGGACUGGCGCAGCUUGUGAAACGAACAUCAACGAGUGUGCAAGCAAACCUUGCAGAAACAACGGCCAAUGCAUCGACCAAGUGGAUGGAUACACCUGUACUUGCGAGCCAGGCUACACAGGCAAACAGUGUCAGCACACCAUAGACGACUGCGCCUCCGAUCCUUGUCAAAAUGGAGGGACUUGCAUAGACCAACUCGAGGGAUUCGUUUGCAAGUGUAGGCCAGGUUUCGUUGGACUUCAAUGCGAAGCGGAACUGGACGAGUGUCUGAGCGAUCCGUGCAGUCCUGUUGGUACUGAUCGUUGCGUGGAUUUGGACAACACUUUCGUGUGCCACUGUCGCGAGGGUUACACUGGAUCUUCGUGUGAGAUCAACAUCGACGAUUGCGCCUCUGACCCGUGUCUAAACGGCGCCACGUGCAGAGACGAGGUUGGUGGCUUCAAAUGCAUGUGUCCAGAUGGUUGGACUGGAGUCCAUUGCGAGAUAGACGUUGGAAUGUGCCAGAAUCAUCCUUGUCAGAACGAUGCAGCUUGCGUGGACCUAUUUAUGGACUACUUCUGUGUGUGUCCAUCAGGGACGGAUGGAAAACAGUGCGAAACUGCACCCGAACGUUGCAUUGGAAAUCCUUGCAUGCACAAUGGACGUUGCCAAGACUUUGGAUCGGGGCUCAACUGUACUUGCCCCGAUGAUUAUACUGGAAUUGGAUGUCAGUACGAGUAUGAUGCUUGUCAGGCUGGCGCUUGCAAGAACGGUGCAACUUGUAUCGACGAAGGACCUGGAUUCACUUGUAUUUGUCCUUCAGGGUAUACAGGAAAAACAUGCGAGGAGGAUAUAAUAGACUGCAAAGAGAACUCUUGUCCACCUUCAGCAACGUGUAUAGAUCUCACUGGUAAAUUCUUCUGUCAAUGUCCUUUCAAUUUGACUGGCGAUGAUUGCAGAAAGUCCAUCCAAGUGGAUUACGAUUUGUACUUCAGCGAUCCAGCGCGCAGUAGCGCAUCCCAAGUGAUUCCAUUCUUCACUGGUGCAAGAAAGAGUCUAACAGUGGCAAUGUGGGUACAGUAUACUCAGAAAGAUGAAGCUGGAAUAUUCUUCACUCUAUACGGAGUCAGCUCUCCACACGUGCCAAUGAAUCGCAGACUCAUGAUCCAAGCGCACAGCAAUGGCGUACAAGUAUCGUUGUUCCAUGAUUUGCAAGAUGUUUAUCUACCAUUCAGAGAAUAUGCGACGAUUAACGAUGGCCAAUGGCAUCACGUUGCUGUGGUUUGGAACGGCGAGAACAGUGGUGAAUUGGUUCUGAUUACGGAAGGUUUAAUUGCUAGCAAGACGGAAGGAUAUGGAAGUGGAAGAUCCCUACCCGCCUAUGCCUGGGCAGUAUUAGGUAAACCUCAGAGCGAAAACACGAAAGGCUAUACAGAAUCAGGCUUCCAGGGACAUUUGACCAAGGUUCAAAUCUGGAGUCGAGCCUUGCACGUCACAAACGAGAUUCAAAAGCAGGUUCGCGACUGUCGUACCGAACCAGUGCUCUACCAAGGCUUGGUGUUGACUUGGGCAGGCUACGACGACACGUUUGGCGGGGUGGAGAGGGUAGUGCCUUCCCACUGUGGGCAAAGAGUGUGUCCGCCUGGAUACGGCGGCAGCAAGUGUCAACAAUUGGAAUCUGACAAAAUUCCACCGAAGGUGGAGCAUUGCCCUGGCGAUCUUUGGGUGAUCGCCAAGAAUGGCUCCGCUAUAGUUAGCUGGGACGAACCACGAUUCGUGGACAAUGUCGGUAUAGUGAGGAUCCAAGAAAAGAAUGGGCACAAGUCAGGGCAAACGUUAAUGUGGGGAACGUAUGACAUUAGUUACGUGGCUUACGACCAAGCUGGAAACUCUGCCAGCUGCAAUUUCAAGGUCUAUGUACUGUCCGACUUCUGCCCAGAAUUAGCAGAUCCAAUUGGAGGCACGCAAUUGUGCAAAGAUUGGGGUUCAGGUGGCCAGUUCAAGGUCUGCGAGAUUUCCUGCAACACUGGACUCAGGUUCUCUCAAGAAGUACCGAAAUUCUACACCUGUGGCGCUGAAGGCUUCUGGAGACCUACCAACGAUCCAUCUCUUCCUCUAAUUUAUCCAGCUUGUACAAGUGCCACGCCCGCACAACGUGUAUUCAGAAUCAAGAUGAACUUCCCGACAUCGGUUCUCUGCAACGAAGCCGGCCAAGGAGUGCUCAAGAAGAAAGUUCGAGAUGCUGUGAACUCUCUGAACAGAGAUUGGAAUUUCUGCUCGUAUUCUUACGAAGGAACUCGCGAGUGCAAAGAUUUGAAUAUCGACGUCCAAUGCGACCACAGGGUACGCACCACGAGAGAAACGAACGAAGAAGAUGGCGGUACUUACAUAAUUUCCGCCGUAGUACCUGCUGAACCAACGAGACAAGCUCGGCAAGGAAGCGAUACCUACGAGGUGGAGAUCUCGUUCCCGGCGAUAAACGACCCGAUAUUGAACGCGAAUUCGAACGAGAGAGCGACUGUUCAAACCCUGUUGGAGAGAUUAAUCCUGGAAGAAGAUCAGUUCGACGUUCACGAUAUUCUGCCCAACACGGUACCUGAUCCAGCGUCCCUGAUAUUGGAGUCCGAUUAUGAUUGUCCUGUGGGCCAAGUGGUCAUGGCACCCGAUUGUGUCCCCUGCGCCGUGGGAACGUUCUACGACGAGGAAACGAAGCAAUGCAUAUCCUGCCCCGUUGGAAGCUACCAAAGCGAGUCGGGUCAGCUCAAGUGCAGCUCCUGUCCUGUGAUAGCAGGACGUCCAAGCGUGACAGUGGGGCCGGGUGCUCGAAGCGCAGCCGAUUGCAAGGAGCGUUGCCCGGCGGGAAAGUACUACGACGACUUGGCAGGCCUGUGCCGAAGUUGCGGCCACGGUUUCUACCAACCGAACGAGGGCAGCUUCUCCUGUCUGCUGUGCGGCCUCGGCAAAACGACGAGGACGGCGGAGGCCGUGUCCAGGGAGGAGUGCAGGGACGAGUGCGGGUCGGGUCAGCAAUUGGCCGUGGAGGGGAAAUGCGAGCCCUGCCCGAGGGGCAGUUACAGGACUCAGGGCGUCCAGGCUGCGUGCCAGGCGUGCCCCGUUGGCAGAACUACCCCGAAUAUGGGAUCCGCGGCGAUAGAGGAGUGCUCUCUGCCCGUCUGCGAACCGGGGACUUAUUUGAAUGGCACCUUGAACGAAUGUAUGGAGUGCAAGAAGGGGACUUAUCAGUCGGAGCCUCAGCAGACCUUCUGCAUACCUUGCCCUCCUAAUACCAGCACCAAGGGAACUACUGCUACGAGCAAAGCGGAUUGCACGAACCCGUGCGAGACGAGCGAUGCGGAAAUGCAUUGCGACGCGAACGCGUAUUGCCUUCUGAUACCGGAAACCAGCGACUUCAAGUGCGAGUGCAAACCUGGCUACAACGGAACCGGAACCGAGUGCACGGACGUGUGCAUGGGCUAUUGCGACAACGAGGGAGUGUGCCUAAAGGAUUCACGGGGACAACCGUCCUGCAGAUGCAGCGGAAGCUUCACAGGGAAACGAUGCACCGAGAAAUCCGAAUUCUUCUACAUCACGGGAGGGAUAGCCGGUGGCGUUAUUUUGAUCAUCUUCGUCGUUCUUCUUGUAUGGAUGAUCUGUGUCAGAGCGUCGAGAAAGAAGGAGCCCAAAAAGAUGCUAACACCUGCCACCGAUCAAAACGGUUCUCAAGUGAACUUCUAUUAUGGUGCGCCGACACCGUACGCGGAAUCGAUCGCCCCUUCCCAUCACAGUACCUACGCGCAUUACUACGACGACGAGGAGGACGGGUGGGAAAUGCCCAACUUUUACAACGAGACCUACAUGAAAGAGAGUCUGCACAACGGUAAAAUGAACAGUCUCGCGCGUUCGAAUGCGAGUAUUUACGGCACGAAAGAUGAUCUUUACGACAGGCUGAAGCGUCACGCGUAUCCUGGCAAAAAAGACAAAAGCGACAGCGACAGCGAGGGCCAGUGACGGCGAUCGAGCGAUCAAUAUUCUACAGCCGUAGGAUACGAAAGACGAGAAGAGAAAUUAUCGUCCCUGUUACCCAGAGCAUAGGGAAUAUCGUCUCAUCGACGAGAGACCGAUUUAUUUAUUUUACUUCCAAACGAGGAUUGUAACCACGUUGGCGGCGUUCGAGGAUGAUUCGUGAAUCGAAUCGAAUCGAAUUCACGAGUCCUCUCGAAAACUGUGUGUACUCUCGCGCCAACGUGUAUGCGUAUGAGUGAUGUUUUUCCUUUUUUUUUUUUUUUUUUUUUUUUUUUUCCCUUUACGUUGAUCGAUUUGAUCGAGAGACGAUCGAGGUCCUGGAACGACGAUCCAUCAGGUAGGAUCGUUGUUUCGGCACCCGUACACAACAUCGAUCAACGAGAUCGUGAAUGUUCGCGACGAGAAAAGACUAUUAUGCGUGAGGUUGUAAUUUUUUGUAAUUUAUAAUACCACCUAGCUUAUAAUUAAGGACUUUUUAUCCCUGUCGAUUAAUUUUCCGCGUCUUUCUCUCUCUCUCUCUCUCUUUCUCUCUUUAUCUUUGUCUAUCUCUCUGUCUGUCACCUUAUGAUUCAACGUGAUGCGUACGAGAGGUGGAAGUGUGUUCAUGUAUGUUAAUACAAAAAACUCCCCCCAUCCAAACCACUUUCUCUCACUCAUCUCAUUUCUCCUUUUUAUACAUAAGCGAAUUUAUAUUUUGUUACUAUAGUUAUAUCGUGUAUCACACCCGCUGUAAUAUAAAAUGUUGCAAUGUAGGCUGCGGAUUAACCGGGGAAGAGAGAAAAAAAAAAAAAAAGAAAUCAAAAGAGAAAGAGA